UUACAUUUAAUUGAAAAGAAACCAAUAAGUACUUGAUUUCUUUUUCUCCACCCAGUUGCUGGAUGUGCUAGAGAAAUACUGUAUGGCGUCUGGGCUAGAUUUCCGAAGACUUGAUGGAAAUACAAAAUCAGAAGAUAGGAUCAGAAUUGUAAGAGAAUUCAACAGAGUUCAAGAAAUUAACAUAUGUCUUGUAUCUACAAUGGCUGGUGGAUUGGGUCUUAAUUUUGUUGGUGCCAAUGUUGUUAUACUCUUUGAUCCAACGUGGAACCCAGCAAAUGAUCUUCAAGCUAUUGACAGAGCUUACAGGAUUGGCCAAUGCAAAGAUGUUAAAGUAUUUAGACUGAUAUCCUUGGGAACUGUGGAGGAGAUAAUGUACCUACGGCAAGUUUACAAGCAGCAACUUCACUGUGCAGUGGUUGGAAGUGAAAAUGCUAAGCGAUAUUUCGAGGCAGUGCAAGGAUCAAAGGAACAUCAAGGAGAACUUUUCGGCAUCCACAACCUUUUCAAACUUAGGGCUCAUGGGUCUUGUCUUACUAAAGACAUCCUGGAGAGGGAAGGACAAGUAGAAGCUGGAGUCAUGACAGUGACUACUUGGUUAAAAGAAGAACCUCCUCAUGGCAGUUCAGAAAAUUGUGAACAACCAGAUUAUGGAGGAGCUAGAGGUCCUUCAAGCACUAAGGCGCAGUUAGAGAGAGAAGAAACUAAUUUUCAUGAUUAUUUUAGUGAUGAUGAUAUUCUGGAAAUUUCCAUGAAAAAAAAUAACAGAAAGAAGCCUUGCAGCGCAAAUAAUUUAAUGAUAGCAAAGAGACAGCUUUCCUUAGUGCAGUGUGGAUUCUCUAACUUGUUGCAGAGAGAAACUGAAGCUACCAAAAGAAGUGGUAGUAAUGACUCUUACCAUUCAAGUUCUGAUGGUCAGGCUGUAAGAACAUGUGUCAACAGCAAGUGUGAUGAUGUUCAGAAACGUGAAAGCUAUAUGCAUAUUUUGGAGCACAGGAAAACUACUCAGUUACCAAAUGUAACUGAUAAACAAGACAUGUAUAGAGCAGAUUGUCUUGUUUUGUCAGACUCUGAAGAAGAGGUGGACAGAGAAAAUGAGGAUUUAUGCAUUUCAAGGCAAAGUGAUGUAGUAAUGGAAACUGAAAGCAGUUCUGAAGAAAAUUGUGAUGUCAUCUUUCCUACCCAAUUUCCAGCAAGCCCCCAAGCAAUGCAUACUAAAAAAAUUGAAAUACAGAUGACGGAAUCUGAAAAUUGUGAAGAGUCACUAGAAGAAAAAAAUGAGUUUGUACUUAAGGAAGAACGUAGGCAAUUUGGAUUCCAUAGUACCAAAUCAAAUUUCAGCAAAAUCAUGUCUUUUAAAAACAUGAAAAACAGCGCAAGAGGUUUGAAAGGUGCAAGUGACAUAAGUGAUGAGUCUGAUGACAUUGAAAUUCCCUGUCACUCCGAGUCAGGAAAGUUAAGAACAUUCAGCUUCAUGAAAGGGAAACAAAGGCAUACACAAAGCAGUGCACUAGGCAGAUUCUCAAAAUCUCUGCCUCAGAAAAAGAAGCCUUGGAGCAAAGAAAGAGGAAGUGAUUCUCAGAAUGUAGAUGAAUUUUCAUCCUCUGAAGAUAACUUACAGGUUGAAAAGAUUCAUACCCAAGAAAAGAGCUGUAAGUGUAAAAGCCAGAGAUGUAGAGUUCAGGUCAGAUCUAAAAUGCUCCAUCCUGUUCAGUAUGGAAUGCGCUCUAUUGCACAGAUGACAUCUAGCAAUUAUGAUGUGCAUAGAAGUUCUACGCAUAGAGCUCAGUUUGACCAUCAGAAUCAAAAUGUGGAAUCAAUGGACAGAUAUUUAGAUGGGAUUCAAGAAGUAGCAUAUAUGCACUCAAAUCAGAAUGUGGUUGGAUCAAGCAAGGCUGAAAAUCACUUGAGCCGGUGGGCAAUGCGAGACGUAUUUGAGUUGAAGCAGUUUUCCCAGCUCCCUGCUAACGUAGCAGUCUGUAGUGCCAAGAAAGCUAAAGAAAAGCCAGGUGGAGUGAUAGCAGAGAAGAACAUUAUGAAGACAGAGCAUGGAAUUAUGGUGAACAGUAACCGACAUAACCUGUACAUUUUGCAUCCAGUGAUCCAAAGAAACACCGAAGUACACAGAGUGGGCUCAGUCACCUUCUUGGUUGGAAAAACACCCAAAGAAAUCCGCAGGAGACAAUUUGAGGAAAUUGUAUCCCACUUUAAAAUGGGAUCAAUGGAAGAACUUGCAGAACAUAUUGCAAAGACUACAUCAGAAUCCCGGCAGAAGUUGCUGAGGGAAUUUUACAUUUCAAAGCAUCCAGAAGUUGAGUCUUUGUUUCCAAUGGAAGUACCAGCAGAAGUUGCACAUGACUCUGAAGAAGGAGAUGCGGCUGCAAGAAAAUCAAGGAAAAGAAAAUGUGUUGUUAAUUCUGGAAGAUGCAAGUCUGGACCUUCAUCAGCUAAAGAAUUUCUUCCGAGUGGAACUACAGAACUGCAGAACCAGCGAAGCUGUGAAGUAGAGCAACUUUGCAAUGACUCAUGCUUGCAAGAUACUAUGUGUGUUGAUGUGAAAUAUAAACAAUCACCCAUUGUUGCAACUCAGCAUACUAAGAGGAGUAACAAUCAGACAUUCAAGGAUUUUAUAGCAUCUGGUUCAUUAAACAGGAAAUCGAAAAUAAUUGAGGUGCUGUCUGUAAAAAGCUCUGAAGGACAGCAGGACCCAGAAGUAGCAGGGCUGCCAAGAAAAAGAUCCCUGUCUCUGUCAGAAAACAGGGAGAGAGGAGCUAAGGCUGACAAAAAGUCUUCUCUUGACUUACUUGGAGAUACCUCUAUUCUCAAUGUUCUCUUCAGAAAUAGUGGGGAAAAAACUACAGAAUCACCACGGAGAAUCCCUUCAGGGCAAAUAGAAAAAUCAAAGGAGAGACCAAAAGAUUUCUGGGACAUGCUGAAUGAGCAGAAUGAGGAGAGCCUCAGAAAGCUCACAGAUAUGACAGUUAUAGAGGAGCUAUGUGAAAGAGCACCUCAUCCACCAGUGACAGAAAAGAGAGAAGUGUGUGAAAAUUCUCUUUGGAAAAAAAAUGAAAACUUUCUAUGGAGAAAAUACAGUUCAGAUGAUUCAGAUGAACCAUCUUCUGCUACAUCUUUUAACGUAGUAAAAUGAUAGUUUUCUACAUGAGUUGUGCUAGAAUUAUUUUAUUAGUUAAAUGAAGAUGAAAAUAUAUACAACUUCAGCAAUAUGCUGUGAAACAUGAUACCUCUAUAAAUUUGAAAGCAAAGUGAUGAAUUCCUAUUUAUAAUAACCUCAAUUUACAUUUCACAUUGCCUGUACUAUAUAUCAUUACGAAGCUAUGACAAACUAAAUUGAGAUAAAAUUAUUUUAAAAUGUUUUGAGUAAACUUGCUUUAUUGAAUGAUGAUAAUUCUAGAUCCUAUUAUUCCUGCUGAUAUUCCUCAGUUGGCAAUAGUACUGAGCGGUUUUCCUCCUUCACUCACAUUUCCGCCUUUACACAUCCUGUCAGAAUCUAUGUUAACAUGAUUUUGAUCAGUUUGACUAUAGAGCUGUGAAGCUUCCAAUUUUUUUUUGGUAUUGUAUGCCAGUGAGUUCUUCACCUUAUUUAUGUGGAUGACCAAUUUUUGGUUGUUACCUGUGUCUCUUGGUGUGAAAUCUCCAGCAUAUUAAAUGAUGGCGCAUGUCAAAUUUCA